CGCGCCCGCCGCGACCUCGGCCCCUGGUUCCGCCCUCCCUGCCUCCGCCGCGUCCCCUCCGCGUGGCGCUGCCCCGUGGUGUGGAGCGUGGGGUAGGCGGACGAUCGCCCCGCUGCCUCGCGGUGCCCGCUCUGUGGCUCAUCGGCGAGUCGGAUGGCCGACCGGGCUGAUCGUGCUCGAAGAGAGCGCUCCGUCGGUCGCGAGAGUUCGGGGGAAAACGUCCUCCCCCGAGGUCGGUCGAGCUCCCCUCCCAUGUCGGACCGAAGCAGCGUGCACCAAACGGCCCCUCGGGGCGUGCUGGCACGCGUCGGGGGCGGAGGGGGAGCGCACUGGAGAGGCGGCUGGCGCGGACUGCCGCAACGCUGGAGGGGAUACUCGAGCGGGCCGGCGCUGGGCUGCUCCCAUCGCCGCUGCAGCGGGAGCCCCCCCAUCAGGCCCCCCAUCACACGCAGCCUCCAUUUCCUCCUCGAGUCCUUCCACCGUCCCUCCCCGACCAUCCUGCUCACAGCAGUGGAGCAGCGCUACCAGUGGCGAGACAAGACGCUGCACGGCCGCCUGCCCAUCCCCACGCUCGCUGCUGUGCUCGCUCUAGUGCUCUCCGCCAACCAGAGCCCGUCACUGCUCGCCGCUAGAGGCAACCGCCCUGUGGGGCUCAUCCUAGAGCCAAGACACCCCGACUUCCAUGCGUCUAUUGGCUGCCCUCUCCUCGAGCAGCUGCUGGAACUCCUCAGCGCCAACAACCUGCAGCCUCCGCCCCGCCCCUCCAACCCCUUCACCGCCCUCAACCCUUCCUCCAGCCUUUCUUCCUCCUCUCUCUCACUGGCUGACAGUCUAGCAAGCCUCAAGGCUGCUGCUACAGCCGGUGCUACAGCUGGUGGUGCGACAGCUGCUGCUACGGCCGGUGCUACAGCUGGGGGGCGUAUCGUUCUGGAUCCAGCAGUGCACCCGGUGGUAAUAGAGGCGAGGAGCGCUGCUGCCCUGAUCUACUGCAGCCAGCGCACCUCGAUUCCCCUCGUGCAGAUACUGGAGGAGGGGUGGGACGAGCCAUCAGACACAAACCCCAUUAUGCAGGCCCCUCCCUCCUCCUGCCCACCCACCACCUCUCUCCGCACCUGCAUUCUGGAUGCUGUCGCCCUCUAUGCGGUGGCAAUCGCCCCGGAGAAGCGCCUGGUGCUGCCGGUGGAGGCAUGGCACAAGAAGCUGCUCAACCAGACAGACCUCAUGGCCUUGGCGCACCACCCCUCUCGCCAGCUUGCAGUCUUGCCCUGGACCUUUGCAAACGACUGGAUCUUCCUCUCCCUCAGCUACGAGUUGGACCCUCUCAACGAGUACGCCAUGUUCGUUGACACAGUGGGAGUGGAUGGGCUCUUCUCUGACUUCCCUGCGACGGCCCUCAAAUACCUCCAUUCUCGUGACUGCCUGGCAUUUGCGCCUGGAGUUCUGGGCGUGUUUGUUGCGCCACCGAGGAAGCGAGGCCUGGCAGACCUCCUGCUCCUCACCGCCAUCAUCAUCAUCGCCAUCCUCCCCAUGGCUUUGGGAACGCUCUACGCCAUCCUCAAGUGGCGGCAGACGGAGCAGCACCUGCACUGGCAGGAGUUCGCCACCUUCCACUCCCACGGCCCCACCACCGCCUCCGAGAGACAACCCCUUCACUGGCUCUGCUGCUGACGCUACCUUAGACCCUUUCUCUGGUGAUGCUGCUGGUGCUGGUGGUGGGGGUGACACUAGCCCUUCCGCCUUAUUCUCCCCGCGCCCCCUUGCCCCGCACCAUCGCCCGUCCUCUCCCCCACCGUUCCCACCCGCCUUGGAGGGGUGGAUGACGGGCCAGCGUCGUCGUCCGCAGUGGCGGGCGGUGGGAGGUCUAGAGGCGGCAGGCGGAUCAGGGCCAUGGAUUUUGGUGAGGAGGACUGGUAGCUGCGAUGGUGGACGGUGGAUCAUCAGCAUUGCCAGCAGCAGCAGCAGCAGCAGCAGCAGCAUCGUCAUAAGCAAGGGUGGCUGGCAGGAGGUUCAGUGGCAGCAGGAGGAUCAGGGGGACGGAUUUUGGAGAGGACUGAUAGCCGUGAUGGGAGAGGCAUCGUCACCAUCAUCGUCAUCACCAGUGGUGGGAGAUCCGAACCCGAAGCUACUGGAGCCAUAGGUUGAUGGCAAGUGGAUGCCAUGUGAUGCAAUAUUCGAAUCACUCAUGGAUCAGUGCUUGGCUAUCUGUCCUGUAAAUUGCAUAUUGCGCUCAACUUAAGCAACGG